GGACCGUCUUAUCGUCGCUGCUCAAACACGUCCGACUUUGCUUGUUGCUGUGAUUACCCCUCAGUUGACUGUCCUCUCUGUCUGCUAAAUCCAGUUCUCUACUCUUGGACUGCUCUAUCCAUCGCCUUUACCGACUGUGCGGUACAUCACCCAUUCCAUACUGCCAAGAUCAGCUGCUUGUCUCGUCGCUCACCUGUUCUCGCGGAUCACCCUCUCGGAAACUGCUACCAAUUUAUCCAUACCCAGCAUACUGAUUUUACCGGCAUCUAAUUGCCCUUUCUUUGACCAUGGACACUCUUCUUACGGCCGAUGUUAUGGCCAGCUCACCAAGUUGGAAGCGCAGAUCAAGCACUUUCGUCGAUGCAAUUCACGAUUUGCCCGAAAAAGAGAGCAUGGCCCCUGCCCAACUCUACAGCACUGAAUCUGGCCGUUUGUUCCACUCUGGCAGAAUAGUGAUUGCCACAGUCGGUUUGCCUGCUCGAGGCAAAACUCAUACCUCAGUUGCUCUGGCCAGGUAUUUGCGCUGGCUGGGGGUCAAGACGCGUAUCUUUCAUCUUGGCGACUACAGGAGAGCGACCAUGGGCGAGGGCCAAGAAGUUCCUGACGACUAUUUCUUCAUCAAUGCAUCUCCCUCUUCCGUGCUACUUCGUCAGAAGAUCCUCAGGAAAUGCAGAGAAGACAUCUACAACUUCCUCGAGCACGAGAACGGCCAGAUUGCCAUUUAUGACGCCGUCAACCCUUCUGCCGCUGGUCGUAUCUCCCUCGCCAAAGAGUUCUCCAAGCAUAACGUGCAGACCCUCUUCAUCGAAUCGCAUUGCACAGAUGAGAAGAUCAUCGAGGAGAAUGUCAGAAGUGUCAAGAUCUCUUCUCCUGACUACCAAGGUUGGUCCGACAAGGAUGCCGUCAAGGACUACCUGGCCAGAAUCAAUGCUCGUAUCCCCCAUUUCGAGUCCAUGGAAGAGGCCGAGUUGCAUUACGUGAAGAUGAUCAACGCUGGAGAACGAGUGAUUGUCAACAAUUGCGCUUUCAACUACCUAUCUCAGCGCAUCGUCUUCUACCUUCUGAAUCUCCACACCAAGCAUAGAUCGGUUUACUUCGCCAGAGCUGGUACUACGAGAGACGAGGACUCAUACAAAGCCGACGCUUCACUAUCUGAGGAUGGCGUUUCCUACUCUAAGAAGAUGGCUGAUGCACUCAUCAACCACCGUGAGGACGAGCGCAAGGAGUUCAUCGAGAGAGGCGGUCCUGAUGUUGCGCUCAAGCCGCUCACCAUCUGGACAUCCACCAGGCGACGCACAGUAGAGACAUCCCACUAUCUGGAGAGCCUAGGAUAUCGUGUGAAACAGCGACCUCAGAUGAGUCAACUGAACCCUGGUGUAUGCGAGAAGAUGUCCGAAGACAAAAUCAGGGAACAAUAUCCUGAAGAAGUGCGCAAGCAUGAGCUUGAUCCUUACCAUCAUCGUUACCCUCGUGCAGAGUCUUACCACGAUCUAGCCGUACGCCUCGAGCCCAUCAUCUUGGAGCUUGAGCGCGAGCAAGACGAUCUGCUCAUCAUUGCUCAUGAGAGUGUUCUGAGAGUGCUCUAUGGUUAUCUGAUGGCUUGUGGUGCACGCGACAUUCCCAAGCUGCAAUUCCCUCGCGACGAGAUUAUUGAGAUCGUCCCUGCCUCCUACAAUAAUGAAUCUAGACGUAUCCACGUCCCAGGCCUUCCCGCUCAAAUAAUUCCUGACAGUCCCGAGGACUUGAAGCUUCCUGUACCCCCAUCAGGAACUAUCACUCCAUUCUCUGGCUUGGGUACGCCUCAAGGCACAGGUACGCCUGAGUCAAAGGAAGAAGGUAUGGCAAAGCCUCUGCCAAUGGUUAACGUCCACCCCAGCAGAUAGCUAGGGAAGUAGGUUUGUCUCCCGAUGCAUCGAAACGGUUGUUCGAUAGCACGGUCGGAGUUUUGUUUCGUGGUUAUCUAUUCGUUUCUUGUCAAUGUCUUUGCAGGCGCGCUUUUUUGGCCACACUAUACCAGUCUGGAGCAUCACUUUUGAGGCUCCGGGGCAAAUACUUUUCGCUUGAACAUUCAACUACUCCGUACAGCACUCUCGAUUACAGAAUAGCGAAACUUGUGGAAAUUCGAAAUUAUCUAUAAUCA